UGAUUUUACCAUUUGCCCUUACCCGUUGAUCUCAACGGUCAUCUUCCCCUCCCUCCAUAUAUAUUUCCUUGGUGCUGAUUCCACCGGAUUCUCCCAAAAACGGACCCACUGUUUUCUCUUUUGACCAUCAAAUCCCAAAUCCCCUCCCCUCCCCUGUUUUGACCCAACCCCACCGCCAGAUCCGCUUCAGCCGCAACUUUCUCCAUCUGGGUUUCUCUCCUUUCUGCCCUAACAAUCCUCAUUCAUCUCGCUACUCUUCCAUGGAGUUCCAGAUCCUCUUCAACCCUCCAUUCUGAAAGAAAUGGACAAUGGCGGAUUUUCUCCCCUGCUGUAGCAAUGUGCAGGAUUUUGCAUUCCUCUCAAAAUUCUGAACCCCACGGACGAUAGGUUAUAUAUCAUAUAUUUUUCUUUAGCAUGUCUGAUUUGGUGGCCCGCACUGGACGGCAUCAGCAGCGGUACGAUGCCGGUUGUCGCCUUAUUGCUGGGUGUAUUCCUUUUAGGUAUAGAAGUUCCGAUGGCAGUAGUGAUGAAAUUUCAGAUAAAGUAGUGGAGGUGCUUAUGAUUGAUACACCUAGUGGACCGGGCCUUUUGUUCCCAAAGGGAGGCUGGGAGAAUGACGAGACAGUGGAGGAGGCUGCUGUAAGGGAAGCUAUUGAAGAAGCGGGUGUUCGUGGUGAACUUAUGGGUUUUUUGGGGGACUAUCACUUCAAGAGUAAAACACAACAAGACGAGUUUAGUCCAGAUGGAUUGUGUAGAGCAGCAAUGUAUGCUUUAUUUGUCAAUGAGGAGCUUGAGUUCUGGCCGGAGCAGAACACGAGAAAUAGAAGUUGGGUGACCAUACCUGAGGCAAUUGAAAAAUGCAGGCACGCAUGGAUGAGGGAUGCCCUUGUCAUUGGUUUCAACAAAUGGCAUGCAGAAAAUAUGAAUGAUGAAUAACUUGAAUCUUCAUCUAGACAAUGUAUGCACAUUACGAAGUAUUGUGCAUGCUAACGAACAUCUAAAGGAUAGUCCCUUUUUCCCCUUUGCCAACCAGUCAUGAAGAAUCAAGUAGUAGAACUAACACCAGGAUUACAUAGGCAAUGCUUUUGGUUGCUCAUUUAUACACUUUGACCCCUGAUGUUUUUAAUUCGGAGGGAAUUCAAUCCUUAUAUAAGUACUCGUUCGAGCUUCCUUGAAGCUUUUACAAAUGUAUUUCAAAUUUUUUUGUUCAUUUACAAGUCUGAUGAAUUACAUGCCAUGAUUUAAUAUGGUGUAUUGGAGGAAUACGAA